AUGACUGGGCGAUACGGUUUGCCAUCGAAACUCCGCGGUGUUUCUUCAAUAUGCACCUUUAGAGCUCCCGUAGCUCCCAUAUACCGGCGGUUCUCCGCAGCAUGUCAACUAAAUCAAACAUCGCCCUCGUCUUCGAACAAGACAGAAAAGAAGGAUGGAAAAAAUGAAACAGAAGGGGAAGAAAAGGAUAGCCCGAUGGGUCGUCGUCUGGCCCAAAUGACCGAAGAUGCGAUGCUAGAAGGCGGACGAUCUGCGCGCCGCAACAUCGAGCAGGCAGGCUUCUCAGAGGAGUUGAAGAACCAACUCGCAGAACGGCUAGCUGCAGCUUCCUUUAAAAGCGAGUAUGCUGCCGCUCACUCCAUAGUUGAUAUGCCGGCAGCCGCUGGACAAGGCACACGGGAGAAUGCCGCUGCUCCUGCAUGGACAGGAACAGAGCGCGUUGAGGACACAACCCUGCGCAUGCUGGAUGACGCGAGUAAGCCAAUCCGGAUGCCUUACAAAAUCCCCGAGCCUGUCACUUUCAAACCCUCCCCGAAACCCCCAAAGUCUCCUGGACAUCGACUGGCCCAAGCGAAAGAGCGCACUUCUACCUAUACGCUAAGCCAGGCUCCUGGAUUUUCCGAAGAGGAGCGUGAGGAUAUGCGCCGUGAGAUGAGGGAGAAACUAUCUCCCGGGGCGCAUGCCAUGCCAAUCUCCCUUUCAGGUCUCGCGUCCCUCGCAAACGAGCGAAUCGAAGAUGCAAUUGCACGCGGGCAAUUUAAGCAGAUUCGUCGUGGAAAAGGCGUCAAUACCAAGACGGAUCAUAAUGCGAACAGCGCGUUUAUCGAUACAACCGAAUACUUUAUGAAUAAGAUCAUCCAAAAGCAAGAGAUUGUUCCUCCGUGGAUUGAGAAGCAACAACAACUUGGCAUGGAACUGAGUCGAUUCCGCGGCCGUCUUCAAGCUGACUGGCGCAGACAUGCUGCAAGAUUGAUUGCCAGCAAGGGCGGGUCCUUGGACGUGCAAAUGAAGCGAGCAAAAGCAUAUGCUGCAGCUGAGACUCGGCUAGCAGACAGAGCAAAGUUGGAGGCUUCGUUUAAAGAAGAUUCAUCUGUCUCAGAUAUCAAUAAUGAUGGUCGGAUAGUCUCCCGCGCAGAGUCAUCUAAAGAAUCAAUUGCCAAAGACAACGAGGAACCAUCGGAAGAUCUAGCUCAUCUUCCACCAUUGCGAGAUCCAAGCUAUCUCGCAAUUGAGCGUUCCUAUCACGAACUUUCCGUGAAACAAAUUAAUACUCUCACACGCUCAUAUAACCUGCAAGCUCCAUCGUCCGCCCACAAACCAUAUAUCAAUCUUGAUCGAGAGCUCAACGCAUGCUAUGCUGCGGUCGCGCCUGAGCUAGCAGAAGAAAUCAAACGCCGAGCAACAGAGCGUGCUCGCCCGUCAUCCAUUGUUCCGCCAGUUUCCUCGUCCAAAGUUGGGUCACUAGGCAUGGGACAGACGGUACAGGUUCAUGAAGAGGAUCAAUCGAAGGGAUAUGGUAUGAAGCAACUGUGGCGCGAUCUAUUUACAAAAUCCUGA